AUGACACUCACUUUCUUUGAUCUUGGUGCAGAUAUCAUCGAAUCUGAUAUCAUCCCAUACUUGUCUCCAGCUGAUAUUAGAUCUUUGAAACUGGCUUCAAAAUCGUUGUAUCAACUAGUUGAUCAAUCAUCAUUCAUAUGGCAUGAACUUUUUAAAAAAACAUUUGGCACAAAACCCACAGCCUUUUCAAUGAACAAAUGGCCAGAGCUAUAUUCAAUUAGAGCUAAAGGUCGAUUCUAUUCAUGGGGUGCUAUGGGUGGUGGUAGAUUAGGAUUAUCAAGUAAGGACGUGCCAACUGAAAACCUGGAGAGGCAAGGAUUCUCAUCAGGCGUUUGCAAACCUACUAAAGUUCCAGGAAUUGAAGAAAUAUUAGCGGAUGUUUCAGCUGGAGGGUUCAGCUUCCAGAUUUUGACUGCCCAUGGCGAAAUAUAUUCCAGUGGUUCCUAUCAUGCUGGACAUCAAACAGGUCCAGGACCUGACCAAAGUGAUUAUAAUGAAUUUCAACAACAAAUAAGACAUCAGGAAUCUGUCCUUUUCAAUCCUUUGAAUAUGAGUCAAAGAAUGAAUCCAGUAUUGCCAAUACGGCUAGGUGGUGUACGUCAUCGUCCAAUGAAUGAAGAGCAUCCUCAUCCAUUACCUGGUUCCUUCCCUUCUUCACCUUAUCAAAUUCCACAAGAUGACACUCCAAAGCCAAAAUCCAAAGUUGAAAAUAGGUUUCUCGUAAAAGAAAGAGCACAGUUUGAUACUCAAUUUGUUAGUGUUAGUUCUGGAAGAGCUCAUUUUAUAGCAAUUGAUAACACUGGUAAUCUUUGGUCCUGGGAUCGAGGAGAUUAUGGAGUUAAAUUGAAAUUUGUUAAUCAAGGUGGAGUAGACUUGAAGUCACAAGGUCGAUUUGUAUUAAAGGCAUUAGCAGGAUGGGACUCAAGUGUUGCAUAUAUUUAUAACUACGGUCUUGUUUAUUGGAAAAAGCGUGAGCCAUUGAAAAAAGAUCAAACUGAGGCUAAAGCUCAUCAUGUCUUGAUCCCCAAUACAGGUGAUAUUAAUGGACCUGGGAAAAUUGUUGAUUUUGUUGCAGGUGAAGAUUUCAUAAUUUAUGUCACUUUAGAAGGUAAAAUUUACAGAAAUGAUAUGAUUGGUGAGCCUUCAUUCCCACUUAUCAAGUUUCAGGAUUAUUUAAAAUUUAACGGUAAGUCACUAGCCCCAAAGUUUGUUAGGUUAAGUGGAUCAUUUAGAAGUUUUACAGCAUUUUCCAAUGAAGAUUUAGUUUUAUUAGGCUCUAAAAAUACAGAUGAGCCUGAAAUAAUCGAUGAAUUACAGAAAGUGAAUUGUAUCAGUGUUGCUGUGGGUGACUAUCAUUUCUUAGCACUACUUAGAGAUGGUACUAUGCUUUCAUGGGGUUUGGAAUCAAAUCAUUGUGGUUGUCUUGGUCUUGGUAAGCAGCCAAAUGGUUCUAUUAUAGAAGGUGGUUCUAAAAGAGUGAUAAAACCUACUCAAAUUGAUGCUGAAGGAAAAGUUGUAGCCAUUGCAGCUGCUGGUUGGCAAUCUGCAGCCAUAAUUAGUGAUUCUUAA